AUGGCAGGGGUCUCCGAGAAGGUGCCCAUCGCCCGAGCAGGGCCCGACGAUGUGGAGCUGUGCCUGCCCCCCGCGUACGCGGCGGCCGCGCCCCCCGGGCCGGGCCGGCUGCUGAAGGCCGGAGCCGCGGUGCUGAUCGCCGGGGCCCUCCUGCUGCUGGCCGGGGCCAUCGGCGCCUUCUACUUCUGGAAAGCCACGGAGCGGCAGGUGUACAACGUUCACUACACUAUGAGCAUUAAUGGAAAAGUACAAGAUGGAUCAAUGGAAAUAGAUGCUGGAAACAACUUAGAGACAUUCAAAACAGGAAGUGGGAGUGAAGAGGCUGUUGAAGUCCAUGAUUUUCAGAUCGGCAUAACUGGGAUCCGUUUUGCUGAAGGAGAAAAGUGUUACAUCAAAGCUCAGCCGAAAGCUCACAUCCCUGAAGUUGAUGCUAUGGCUAAAGCAAGCCUCUCAUCUGAGCUGGAAGAUGAAAUCAUGCCUGUGAGAUUUGACAAAAACUCCCUUAUCUGGGUGGCUGCAGAUGAGCCUAUCAAGCAUAACAGCUUCCUAAGCCCCAAAAUUUUAGAGCUUUGCAGGGAUCUUCCAAUUUUCUGGCUGCGACCAACAUACCCCAAAGAUAACCAGAGGAGAGAAAUGAAGAGAAACAAGCGCCAAUCAGAACCAUACUUUGAUGAGGAAGACUUAGAAGGUGCUUCUGACGAAGUAAACCCCAGGUCACGUGCCGUGCAGCUGACUCAAGAGCUUGGCCACCAGGCUAAUGAAACCAGGCCAAUGGCACAGGAAACUGAUCAAACAUUUAAUCCAGACAACCCAUACAAUCAGCUGGAAGGUGAAGGGAUGGCUUUUGACCCCAUGCUGGAUCACCUGGGCGUGUGCUGCAUUGAGUGCCGGCGAAGUUACACCCAGUGCCAGCGGAUCUGCGAGCCCCUCAUGGGCUACCACCCGUGGCCUUACAACUACCAGGGCUGCCGCACCGCCUGCCGCAUCAUCAUGCCCUGCAGCUGGUGGGUUGCUCGUAUCAUGGGCGUUGUGUGA